UUUUUUUUUUUUUUCUCGCCGUCCGAUUACUAUCUCAAUCGCCGAUAAAAUCCGGCGGCACUCACUAGAUCUUGGAAACCCCAUAGUUUGUUUCUUCGUUGCGCUCAAGAUUCUCUCUUCUCUGUUUCCAUAGUUUCGAGAGGUUGAUCGUUCUUUUGAUUCGAUUGGUUUGAGUUCGCGAUUUCUCGACGGGUGAUACAAGAGAUGGGAAGAUUCUGAGGUGAAUCGGAGAGAUGGAUGAUAGAGAAGGCUCGUUCGUAGCUGUCAGGAGGAUUUCUCAGGGUCUCGAACGAGGAACCGUUUACAAUCCAUCUUCUGCUGAGGCUGUGCCAUCAGCAGCUUGGUUAGGCAGGGGUCUAUCCUGUGUCUGUGCUCAGAGAAGAGAUAGUGACGCAAAUUCCACGUUUGAUCUAACACCUGCUCAGGAGGAAUGCUUGCAAAGUUUGCAGAGCCGCAUUGACGUAGCCUAUGAUAGUACUAUACCCCUGCAUCAGGAAGCUCUGAGAGAGCUGUGGAAACUUGCCUUUCCUGAAGAAGAACUUCAUGGAUUAAUAUCUGAGCAAUGGAAAGAGAUGGGUUGGCAGGGCAAAGAUCCAUCAACAGAUUUUAGGGGUGGUGGUUUCAUAUCUCUUGAAAACUUGCUGUACUUCGCUAGGAACUUUCAGAAAUCCUUUCAGGACCUUCUGAGGAAGCAGGUUGGGGAUCGAUCUGUGUGGGAAUACCCCUUUGCUGUUGCUGGUAUCAACUUAACAUUCAUGCUCAUACAAAUGCUCGACCUUGAAGCAGUAAAGCCACGAACAAUUGUUGGGGCAACUUUUCUGAAGUUUCUUUCUGAGAACGAAUAUGCCUUUGACCUUCUUUAUUGCAUUGCAUUCAAGCUAAUGGAUCAGCAAUGGCUUUCAAUGCGCGCCUCAUACAUGGAGUUCAAUACGGUGAUGAAAUCAACAAGGAGACAGCUGGAGAGAGAGCUGAUGCUGGAAGACAUUAUGCAUCUUGAGGAUUUACCCUCCUACGCUCUUCUCACUCAACAGCCCUUAUGAUGAUAAUAAAUAAUAAGAAGAAGAGUUUCUAACCACUUUAAUAACACGAGGUUGCUCUGUUCACUCUUUACUUUUCAUCGUCAAUGCUUUCGCUUCUUUGACCUUUUCUUGUGUUUGGUGGUGCUAAGAAACAACUCCAACACCGAGUAGUUACUUGUUAUAUUAAAAAACAAGAAAAAGAGAGAGAGAGAGAGAGGUUGCCAUAAAUCAUAAAUGUCAGUUUGUUUGGGAGUUUUUGGUUGCAAGGAGUGUGUUAGCUAAAAUGGGUUUGUUUUCUAGCAACUGUUUAGGUUUCUUAGUGUUGAUUGAUGUACGUAAGACGAUUGGGUAAUGGUGUCAGUGUGUGGGAAUGGAUAAUAAAUCAGUUGGUUUUUCUCUAAAUUCAAAAGCAAGGACUCUUACAUGGGGUUAAGAUUCA